UCGAAUUUAGUAUAAUUUUUUAACAAUUAAUUUGUUUUAGUUAAUUUUACGGUAAAAGGUAACCAAAUAUGUUUGAAGUGGACCCAAUAUCAGCUGACCACAAAGAUGUUAUCCAUGAUGUUGUCUUCGAUUACUACGGGCGCAGAAUGGCAACUUGUUCGAGUGACCAAACAGUAAAGAUAUGGGAUGAGGAUGAAUCGAAUAAAAUGUCAGUUUCAAGCAGUUGGAAAGCACAUUCUGGGUCUAUUUGGCGAAUAUCAUGGGCCCACCCGGAAUUUGGACAAGUUCUAGCCACUUGCUCAUUUGAUCGCACAGCUUCGGUAUGGGAGGAAGUUGCUGGAGAAAAAGUAGCGGCCACAAUGACACCUGCUCGUCGUUGGGUUCGUCGAACCACUCUGGUAGAUUCCCGGACCAGCGUAACCGAUGUGGAAUUUGCACCCAAAUACUUAGGACUAUUACUAGCAACAGUGUCUGCUGAUGGUAUAAUACGUAUAUACGAAGCUCCGGAUAUAAUGAACCUUUCACAGUGGCCAGUGCAGCAUGAAAUAACAAAUAAAUUACCUUUAAGCUGUAUAUCUUGGAAUACUUCCACCUAUAUGCUAUCUUCUCAUCUCUUAGCCGCAGGUAGUGAUGACACAGCAACGCACACGGGGAAAGUAUUAUUAUUUGCAUAUAACGAAAGUGCCAGGAAAUGCGCUAAAGUGGAAGCCAUAAACGAAAUAAACCAACCAGUGACUGAUCUAGCUUUUGCUCCUGCGGCUGGAAGGCGUUUCCAUAUUUUAGCAGUUGCUAGCAAGGAUUUGUACAUUGUAAAUAUUCGUGGACAAAAAGAACCCACUUCAAAUAUGAAACUUGAUAUACAAACCACAAAGUUUAGUGAUCAUAAUUGCCCUGUUUGGAGAGUUUGUUGGAACAUGCUUGGCACGAUGUUGAUUUCUACCGGUGAUGAUGGAUGUGUCCGGAUAUGGCGAAUGAACUAUACCAGGAACUGGAAAUGUGCCGUUGUAUUAAAAGCCGAAGGUAAUUUCUCACCGUAUGAACCAAACCUUAACUCUCCAUCUUUCACAACUGCAAUGGCUGCUACUACUAAAUACUAUAAAAAAGGAACGAUUAGUAAUCCAAAUCAAGUCCCUUGGCACUAAUACUAAUUCUUAAGCUAAGAUACAUUUAUAUAAAUUUAAAUACAUAAGUAAAUAAUAAAACACAUUAAGACACAUUCAUAAGUUUUGUAUGAGAAAUUCUUAAAUUUAAGAAAUAGCUAUCCUGGAUAUAUUAAUAUUACCUGUUUACAGAAAAAAUGCAAUUUUAUUUAAAUACUUAAUGCAUGAAUAUCAAACGAGUCAUACGUAAAAUGGGUUUUUAGGCUGGACAAUUUGAUAACAAAGAGAUGAAGUGUUUGAAUUCACCAGUUAAUCAGCAUUCUUACAGCAACUACUUACCUUACUAAGUUUAUUCUUGUUAUAAAACUUAAAAUCGAGUACAAGAAAGAUUUCCAAAAAUCCAGAUUCGGAGCAGCAAUUGUAUUCGAUUCAGAUCUCGAUUUAAGAAAUGAACUUAAUUUAACGUUUUCAGUUCAUUAAACCGUUUCUAUACCAAAACCAAAUUCAUGUGGUUACUAUAUUUCGCUAACCUCCGCAAGUUAACGCAAUCCACGCAGCUAUUUAAAAAAUCUAAAAAUGCAUUGGCUCAUAAAUAUAACAAUAUAUAGAAAAUUAGUAGUUAUUCAAGAUAGAAGCGGGAAUUAAUAGAUUCGUAAAUGAAAAAACACCCGACUUUUUUUUUAAAUUUUUAUUUUUAUACUUCAUUAAGUGGCAUAGUUGUUUAUAGAUAAUUUCUCUUUUUCCAAAAGAACACGUACCUAUGAUUGUUUGGUUUCAAAAUUUGUUUUAUUAUACAUGUGUAGUCAAAUAAAAAAUGUUAGAAA